AAAUUUGAAGAUGGCUGUAUGUAGAUUUCUAUGAAUUGUUAGAAUUGCUUUUCUUUCUUCUUUUUCAAAUCAUUUUGGUGGUUUAGAAUGUUUGCAGACCUACGUCCUAUCAGGACUUUUAAUACUGGAAAAUGUUUACAAAAAGGCCUCAUGCAAAAUGGUUGGAAAUGCUUGUUUAAGAUGCUUUGUUGCCUAAAGAUAUCUUUUGAUUUCUUCAUAUUUUCCCUUACCAUAGGGGCAGACAUAGAAACGCCAACUUCAUAACAUACAAACAUCCCGAUGGCUUGUUCCAGGGUAUCUUUUAAAAAGGCCUAUAGGGGAGGCGUUGAUAUUUGGAAAUCGAUGUUUAAUACUUAAAUACUACUGUAAUGAAUCGUAGUAUCCGGAAUCUAAAUAAGAACUUCUGAAUAAGAACAACUUUGAUAAGCCCCGUUGUCUAAGGUUAAAAUAAAAGUUACCACAGAAAUCACAAACAAAGCAUUUCGUCCAAACGUGAAUUCGGCGACAAUCUAGAAAGCUCGAGAUGCAUUUGUCUGCCAAAACUUAUCCGGAUACUCAGGCCCAGCAUGGUGCGUUCUGGUUUUUCUUGCCACCAAUCCAAGAAUCAUCCUUUAUUGUCGCAUGGUGGUUGUUUUUAAAGUUAUUGUGCCAAGCGGUGGUAAAACUGCAUAAACAUUUUACUAAGUUACCUGCUGUCGCGACUGUCGCUUCGUUGUUAUAUGGGUUAAAGCAAGCUUAUCCGGCUAUGUUUCAGUGCUAAAUAUCCUUCUUAUUUCGUAAAUGUGUAGGACCGUAUAUGGCUAAAGAGCAUCUGUUAGUACAGAGGCUAAUCGAGUGACUUCAAAGUACAAGGAUGAGGGCGUUCUGGUCCGGAUGUGUUUGCGUUUUGACGGCAGCGGCUACCGCGGCUCAAAGUCUUUCAAAUUCCGAUGAAUCAAGCCGAACAGAAAGGUCAUUUGACGAAUACUACCCUGAGAUGGAGGAAGCGCGUAAUCUCUCGGACUUCAUCAACAACGCUCUAAAAAUACACGACAAGAAAGUCAGGCCGAACGCUGGAGGGCCUCCGGUUAUGGUGCAAGUGGAAUUCAAAGUAGUGUCCAUAGGAGAAAUAAAAGAGGCGGAAAUGGUGUACUCCAUGGACAUCUUUUUCCGUCAGUGGUGGUACGAUCCACGAUUCGCUCACAACUUCAGCAAACCCUUCACCAUGGCCGCGGACGCCACGCAGCUAUUUUGGACCCCGGACACUUACUUUUGGAAUGUCAAGAAUGCAAAGUACCACAGGGUGACCAGGGAAAACAUGAGAGUCAUGAUCAACCCUGAUGGCAAAAUAUACUUUAGUACAAGGAUAACAAUAACAGCACAAUGCGAUAUGGACUUACGGUUAUACCCCAUGGAUAUUCAAUACUGCCCCCUUAUCAUAGAGAGCUAUGCCCAUACUCGUUCUGACGUAGACUACACGUGGAAAGGAGGCGAUGACCAGGGCGUGGAGAUAGUGUCCAAAGAAAUGGCUCAGUUUGAAUUCAUAGGAGCAAAUACCUACACAAAGGCACAGACGAAUAGCAAAGGGUCUUUCGCAAGUUUGCGAGCUGAAUUUACAUUCAAGCGACGCGUGGCGUAUUUUAUCACGGCCACGUAUAUGCCCGCAAUGAUCCUAGUCAUCCUUUCUUGGUGCACUUUCUGGAUCCACAGAAACGCGGUGCCGGCACGAGUCACCCUAAGCAUCACGACCAUCUUAACGACCAUCUUGUUGACGAGCAGUACGAAUGGCAGCAUGCCUAAGGUCAGCUACUCCAAGGCGAUAGACUACUUCCUGAUGACUUCUCUAGGCUUCAUCUUCAUGUCCCUGCUCGAGUACAUCCUCGUGCUUAACACUCAUCCAAACUUCUGGAAGGAAAAGGACAAUGUGGAUGCUGAGAUUGGGCUCAACUCGGUGGGCAAGAAGCUUUCUCCAGGAAAGGAUGCAUCACCCGAAGUAAUCGUCACCAUGAUGGACAAGAAGGGCGAGGAGAGCUCGUGCAAGCCGUGCUCGGUACAAACAUGCAUCGCCCCUCCUCCACCCAAACCCAAGAAGCCUAACGACUUGCCAUAUUUGGACGUGCACUGGAUCGACCGCACCGCGCGGGUAAUUUUUCCCAUCGUCUACUUCAUCUUCGUUAUUGCUUACUGGAUCUACUACAUCAACCAUCCCAAGACGGACUUCGAACUCUUUUGAGCUUUUCUAGAGAUUUCUAGACUCUUCAAGACUAAGGUUGCGCCCGCGACUUUUAACUACGCCCAGGACUUCAAGGCAACUGGACUUAGGACUUAUUAUGUAGAGCGAAUGAAAUUCGCUGACUUUCUGCAUUUGAAUAAUUUAUUACUUUGACAAGGAUAUACGCGCAAACCUUGAAAUAUUACUUGUAGAGCUCAGCACAGAAUAACGCCUUUGACGCAUUUGGAAUGAGCCAAAAGAAGAAGACUGAUAUUUUGAUUUCCAUUUUGACCGCAAGGACUGGAAAGAUUUGAUGACAAUUUAUGGUGUUAAAGAAACAUAUUGAUUAAGAGGAAUGUCUUGAUUUGGAAGUUGGGUAGAGCUGGUUAAGUAAACCCUUUAUACUGUGUCAAAACCGCAAGUAGCUUCCUAUUGGUCAAAUAGCUAGACAGUUGGCUCACGCAACAUUAAUCACCUUAUCUGGUGUUCAACGUUGCCUAGCCUAACAAUAUAUGUAUGAUCUCGUAUUUUAUAGCUAGUAUAUUAUUUGUAUGUCUAUGUGUUCAACUUAAAGGGGUAUAUGUAUUAAGAAAACUAAACAACA